AUGAAUCUUGAAGGCAAAAACUUUGGGAGGGGAAGUAGAGAACUUGGAGGUGGUCACGAUCUCGUAAGCCAAUAUAAGCUUUGGCCGUUCUACAAACACUUUUGCAAGAGUUCACUUCCGUUGUCAGAGACACAUUAUCUUCGCAAUGUGGUCGGCGACACUAAAAUCAAGAAGGGAGAAGGAAUGGAACUUGAUCAGCUGUGUAAGAACACCUAUACGAAUGAGAAGAAACCUUGCUUAUCUCCGUUUGACUUGAAUGUACUAAAUGAAGCUUUCCAUCUGAAAGAAACGGAUCCAAAUCACAUUUCUUCUGUCAAGAAGGUGCUACCAAACGCAGCGGCGAACCCGGCACACGCAUCUAGAGAGACUGAAAGGAAGAAUAAAAAGGACAAGAAAUAUAGGAAGCACAAACUACUUCAAAUUAAAAAUAGAAGUUGUGUUGCUAAUAACACAAUUAUACACAAUGAUUCUCAUCCCUCACAAUUGAAGAAUCAACAAGACAAGAAAAGGAGGGCUGAGGCAAGCUACGACCCUUCUACUAGAAAGCGAUUAAAUACUAGAUAA